AGGGGGCGGGGCCACCCCAUCGUUCCAGCAGAUUCUCUGAGGGUUCGGGAAUGGCGGUGAAGAUGGCGGCCGGAGAGCUGAGCACUUUGGAGGACUGUUUGGAGGAGCACCUACCUCCCGAGGUGUUACAGCGUGUCUGGCGGAUGCUUUAUGGCAGAGACACCAGAAAGUUGGAUUUGCCAAAGUCAGCUUUGGAAGCCUCUCUGGAGAAGGACUUUCAGCUCAAGGCUUUUGGAUUUGAGGCCUCCCCAGAGCAGCUCCGUCAGCCUCGGGUUGUGCGAGUGGGACUUAUUCAGAACAAGAUUCGCCUUCCUACUGAUUUCCCUGUGUCUGAGCAGGUUGCAGCAAUUCAGAAACGAAUCGCAGAUAUUGUCGAAGUGGCUGCCAUGUGUGGAGUGAAUAUUGUCUGCCUCCAGGAAGCCUGGACCAUGCCAUUUGCUUUCUGUACCAGGGAAAAAUUGCCAUGGACAGAAUUUGCUGAAUCUGCGGAAGAUGGUCCAACAACACGGUUUUGCCAAGAGCUUGCAAGAAAAUAUAACCUGGUCAUGGUGUCACCAAUCUUGGAGCGGGAUGAAUUUCAUGGGGACACACUGUGGAACACUGCAGUAGUGAUUUCUAACUCUGGCAAAGUCCUCGGCAAGACCAGGAAGAAUCACAUUCCCAGGGUCGGAGAUUUUAAUGAGUCUACAUACUACAUGGAGGGAAACACGGGACACAAAGUGUUUCAGACUCAGUUUGGACGGAUUGCUGUUAAUAUCUGCUUUGGUCGACAUCACCCUUUGAACUGGUUAAUGUAUAGCAUCAAUGGAGCUGAAAUUAUCUUCAACCCCUGUGCUACUGUUGGGGAGCUAAGUGAACCCAUGUGGCCUAUUGAAGCUAGGAAUGCAGCCAUUGCCAACCACUGUUUCACCUGUGCCAUCAAUCGAGUCGGGACGGAAGGACCUCAAGUUAGGGAGGAGAAGAGGCUGCUUCCUCAGACAGAAAAGAAACACUUACUCCACCCACUCCAGGAACAUUUCAAAAAUGAAUUUACAUCGGGUGAUGGGCAGAAGGCCCAUCAUGAGUUUGGCCAUUUCUAUGGAUCCAGUUACAUAGCGGCUCCCGAUGGAAGCCGUACUCCUGGACUGUCCCGUACAGAGGAUGGCCUGCUUGUGGCUGAGCUCGAUCUCAACCUGUGUCGCCAGAUGAGUGAUAAAUGGGCCUUCAGGAUGACAGGAAGGUACGAGUUGUAUGCUGAGGAACUUGCUCAGGCAGUGCAGCCCAACUUUGAUCCCUACAUAGUCACAGAGUGGUGACGUUACUGGGCACAGACAGCAUGGAGACAAUAUCAGAGAAUCGCAAUAUUUGAUCAGAUGAUGUAUUGAUGCAAUCAGACAUUUUAUUGUUAUUUCUUACAGGUGGUUCUUCUAUAAUGUGAUGUUGUGUUCUUGUGUGAUCUUGCGCUAUAGGGAAAUCGCUAUACCUGUACAGCAGAAAGUUUGCAUUAUCCAAACAGCAUCCACUAUUCAUCAAGUGAAUUACAGCCAAUUCACAUUAACAAAGUAAGUGUCAUAGGAGAACUAUCUGUACUUCCUUUUAUCCAAAGCAUUGUCAUUGUGUUUUUACAUCAGAUAUUUCCUUGGGCUCCAAGUCACCAUUAUCCCAGGACUUGGAACGGUGACUCAUUUUCUGUCCCCAGAGUUACUGGCAGAUCUGGUGAGUUUCUCCAGACCAUGUAUAAUGUACUUUCUGGUUGGUGCCAGUACAUGCUGUUGUAAGAAACUAUCCUGAUAAUACUUUAUGAACACGUCAUCUAGUUUAUCUUUCGCCAUCUGACUUCUCCAGUCUAUAUGUAAAUUAAAGUUUCACAUGAUUAUUGCUGUA